AUGAAGAAAGAAAGAGCCAGAAGAAACUCCAAAACAAAAGGCCAACAGUCAUCAUCCAAAACAACAACAAACAAGAAGCCUAGCAGAUGGGAGGACCCAAAUUAUGUGCAGAUCAAGAGCAACAUGCUCUCUUUUGCAACAACAAUUGACAACAUCAGACAGAGACUUGAACGUCGGCACGAUGUCUUAACACUGCUAUCAAAGACACCUUUUUGGGCAUUAAUAGAAGCAUAUAUCCAGAGAAGGUUAACAAAGGUAGAGUGCAUGAAGUCUAACUACGACAUUGUGAGACUCAUACAAGUUUAUGACACAAAGACAAAGAAGUUCAAGUUUAAUGAUGUUGACAGCGAGAUGAAAAGCAAUGAUGUGGCUGAAAUUUUUGGCUUGCCAAACAGUGGCAAGAAGUUACCAAGCACAACAACCUCAACAAGGCCAAAAUUGCAGUUUGUAGAGAAAUACUUCGCGCGGUAUAAGAAGAUAACAAAGACUUCAAUUGAUAAGUGCUUGAAUUUAGCACUUGAAGAUGAAACAGAAGAGGGUGCUAUGGAUGUAACAAGAUUGAUAAUCCUACAACUCUUCAUGACCAAUCUAUUCUGCAACUCUGGUUGUACACUUGCUUGGACAUAUACAACCACAAUAGACACCUUAGAAGAGAUGGGGAAAUAUAAUUGGGCUCGAGGAGUUUUGGACUACAUGUAUUUUGGAUUAGAACAAGCAAAGAAGAACAAGAAGGACAAAAAAAAGCAGCCAAGCGUGAGUGGCUGCCUAAUCCUAAUACUGGUAAGAACACAAAUCUCCAAACUGCAAAUUCGUAGCAUUAUUCUAAUGAUAUGA